GCGGAUCACGCACAUCGGACAGACGCAAUAAUUGUUUAUUCAAUAUGAGAUUUCAAUACAGUAUAUAAUAAAAUUUUUAAUAGGCGAAGUGUUCAGAUAAUCUUUUUGGACUUAUGGUUUGAAGAAGUGUGUAUAUAUUGAACAAUCUUCGUAGAUAUUGUAUCACAAAUGGUGUUUAUACGUUCGUCGAAAGGUUUUGGGUGAAAUUUUGUCGUACUACAUUAUGAAUGUGAUGUUUUGGCGAAAUCACGCCACGAGCAAAUUGUUGCUUCUGAGUUUUGCGGUCGGCGUUUUUAUGAUUUUAGAAGUGCAAAUUCAACGUCUACAGACUCAAGUUCAGCUCCUUAGUAGAGGUAUGCAAAGCUUUCUCGUUUAACCCCCUAAAGCUCGGUAAAUCGACUUGCUGGGGCCUUGCUCUUCGCGCUGCAGAAAUGGCUUUCGGCAUGCUAGUUGCCACAGUUCUUCGUCCCAUGUGUAUGUAAUUUAACGGCUUUCCAUCUGUUGUGAAGCUAUUGUAAAACCAAAUAAACACACCCCGUAAUUGUUAAUGAUAAAUAUACCCGUUUUAGUGUGUUUUACGCAAGAUAUUUAGCUAUUUCCCACAGUAUUUCGAACGCAUUUUGUAAGUUUUGCAAGAACACAUGGGGUGAACACUGUAAGUCAAGCAGCGACCCUACGGAUUUCUGGUGUUUACAAAAUCAAAUUUCCUGCUUCGAAAUGUCCAACGGUGUGAUAGUUUCUUCAGAAUUAUUUUAGGAAAUUUGAAUUAUAACUUUAUAUGGGGAAAUGUGCUGUGAAUUAAGUUGGGAAACAGAAUUUUUCAUUGCAAUUUCUGGAGGCAAUUUUGCAUACUUUACAUCAUUGAUUAAUUAGAAUGAAUUGAAAUGGAAUACUUUUGAAGUUUAUUUAAAAAUUAUCAUCAGAAAAGGUAAUUGAAUCAUUUUUCAAUUAACUUAGCUCCCACGAAAAAUCAUAUUUAACAGUCAUUGGUAUCAGAAUUUAAGUUGUCUAGCUUGCCCCCAACAUUUCAAAAUUUUCAAAUAAAUUGAAAAGCAGUACUUUUUCUGUCCCAUAAAAGUUGCAUUCUAUCAAAUCAACAACUGAUUGGUAGAAUGCAUUGCCGAAUGCCGAGCUGAAUUUCAAUGGCUGCAGUAUGCGCUACAACCUGGCUGCCAUUUAAACUCUAUUAUAUUGUAAGCAAGGGCGUAGGAACCGGCGGGCACAGGGGGCUUCCUACGCCCCUGAUUAUAAUUAUUGUUUUACAGUGCAAGGCUACAAAACACACAUUGGCUUGGAAGAAAAGGAAUUUCUAGACAGCAACAACGAGGUUAGCCUUUGUUUAUUCCAUUGUUAGGUCUUGUGGCAAAACUCAUCUGACCUUCAUGAGCAUUCACUAAGUUCUUGUCCUCACUUUCAGAAAAAUGAAGAGUUUGUAAAGGACACAAUUGAUAAUUGGGAUUCUGAAGAUGAUGCCGAGGUAGUGUCUACUGUGAUGGAUGUAGCUUAGUUUGUCCCAUGUCCAGCAUCACACUACAUAUCUACGACACGUACAGUUCAAUGGAAGACAUAACACAAACUCCAUUAAAUUUCUUGCUUUUAGGAAGAGGACAUUGAUGAUACUCACUUUUCAAUUGGGUCAAGUAAAUUUGAAAUGAAGAUAGAUAAAAAUAUGGUAGGUGAAAAUGUAGCAAGAUAUCACCUACGAAUGUCUAGGUAGGGUUGGGAAACCGGAAACCCUAACCUGUUUGUUUCAAUGUUGAUAUUAACCAGUGGCGCAGCCAGCUCGAUAAAUGGGGGGGGGGCGAAUAUUCAUAUCUUCGUGUUCUGCAUUAUUAACUUCUUUUGAAAUCGAUUGUUUUAAUGGGUUGUGAACACAAAUAUAUGAAUAUUCGCCCCCCCCCCCCAAUUAUUGAGCUGGCUGCGCCACUGAUAUUACAUGUAAUAUAUAAUUAUUACAUGUUAAUAUAAUAUAAUUAUGCAUAAUAAUUAUAAUAUUUAAUUCAGAGCGAGUGCUUAUUACCUAUCAUGGGAUUGAUUCUCUUGUUGCCCACUCACGUGAAAAGAGUCUCGACUUGCUCUGCCAAAAGUUGUGGGUUUUCUCCGGGUGCUCCGGUUUCCUCCCACAGGGAAAGUUGACAGGUUGGGUUUGGAUAAACACAGUUAAGAAAGUAAUAUUUGAUCAUUAAAUUUCUGAAACUUUUCUCAGCUUGCACCAAGUGGAGAACGAACGAUUAUCUUCUACAACCGUGUGCCCAAAACUGGCAGCACAAGCUUCAUGGGCGUUGUAUACGCACUUUGCAGCAAGAUUAACUACCAUGUGAUCCAUCUUAAUGUGAGCAAAAACUAUCAUGUCAUGAGUAUAGCCGAUCAGAUGAGAUUCGCCAAGAAUAUCACAACGUGGACGGCGAAAAUGCCGGCAUUUUAUCAUGGCCACCAAUCCUUUUUGGAUUUUGCCAAACUAGGUUUUGCAAAGAAACCGUUGUAUAUAAACAUUGUACGGAGACCUUUAGAAAGACUGGUGUCGUAUUAUUAUUUCUUGCGGCAUGGUGAUGAUUUUAGGCCGGGCCUGAGGCGAGCCAGGCAAGGAAAUCAAGAGGCAAGUCUUUUUAAUGUUGUUUUAAUAUAUAAAGCUUAGUGAAACCUGCCUGAUUUUCAUACAGAAUGACACAUUUAUGUCAAUUUUCUUAAUUUUAUGUAAUAGUCUUGUAUUUAAUAGUGUAUAUGUAGACAUGCAAGGUUCUAUUUGAUUUAAUGCUUUCUGAUUUAAAACUCUGUGUGUUGGGAUUUCAAGCCAUAUGAUUAUGAUUACACAUCUUAUGUUGUUGUAGAGUUUUGAUGACUGCGUAGUAAGAGGUCAUCGAAAUUGUCAAAAUGACCGCCUGUGGCUACAAAUACAUUCUUAUGAUUACACAUCUUAUGUUGUUGUAGAGUUUUGAUGACUGUGUAGUAAGAGGUCAUCGAGAUUGUCAAAAUGACCGCCUGUGGCUACAAAUACCAUUCUUUUGUGGUCAACAUCCAGACUGCUGGUUAGUAUCUCGCGCAAUAUAUUGUUAUUAUUUAUGAUAAUCACUCCUUCGGUGGUGUACACAAGUAAAAACGCACAAGUUGUAACAAACCUGCAGCAGACUUGUAGCAAUGCUGUUCACUUGUGAACAGGAUGUGUUCCCAGCUUGUCAAACAACAGCUUGUUUACAACUUGCUACAAGAUUGUCGAUUCAACAAACUUGUUACAAGUUGUUCCAAGAAUUUGUUAUCUUACUUCAAUACACCCUUCCGAUGAUUGCGUCAUUUGGCCUGCGAGCCUCGCUCUCAUGAAUCGUGAGCCAAUCACCUUGCGUAAUUUACUAAUGAGAGCGAGGCUCCAAGACCAAAAAGUGUGUGUGACGUAAUUUUCGAAAGGGUGUAUUCAACAAGUUGAGUGACAACCUUGUAGCAACUUGAUAAAAUAACAUUGUUACAACUUGUUGACAAGCUUACUGCAAGCCUGUUGCGAACAUAUCUUCACAUGUAAAAACGCACAAGUUGCAACAAACCUGCAGCAGACUUGUAGCAAUUCUGUUGCAACAACUUGUCAACAGGAUGUGUUCGCACCCUUGUUGACAACUUGCCACAAGGUUGUUGAGCUCAACAGACGUGUUACAAGCUGUUCCAACAACUUGUUAUCGUCCUGCAAUUUGUCCCAGGUGAUCUCGUGUUCGUAUUUUAGCCAAUCAGCGCUCAGAAAGGGUUGUCCGAAUAGAAAUCCAUUUUGAUGUAUUCAGUCAAUUAUAUCUUUCGUUAUUCUUUAUGAAACUAGUUGAAAUUUUGUAAUUAUGUUUGCUUAUGAGAAAUAUAGCUCUGACAAAAAUAUGGAAUCGAAAUAAAGUAUAUUACAGGAGAUAUUCAGUUGUUUUAAUCAUAAAAUGGAUUUCUAUUUGACAACUAGUGCCAGUACUUUUCAACAUAUCAUGUUCAACACUCGAAAUAAAUCUGGUAUUUCCGCGCACCAUGUAUUAUUCUCUAUGUAUUACGCACGGGAAAAUGCGCCACUUUCGGCCCAAAUGUGGUGUAUUUUCCCACGCGUAAUAGAAAUGAAUACAAAUUUUGCAAAUUUCGCAUGGCAAUUUGUCUGGCGUUAGUCAGAGUUUAAUAUUACUGAAAGUAGUGUGUGUUGCCAGCUAAUAGAUUAGUAGACCUUAAUAUCCACUUGCUUAUUAAAUGAUGAACGAGAAACAAGCAGGAAACAUAGGGGAUAUAACCUUCAUGUGCAGGCCUGCCAUUCUACCAAUGAUGAAACGUGGAAAUGAUGCCAUUGGGUCAAAAGUAAACUUCCCUUUAGAGAAUUGUUUAGAAAUACAAACUUUUGCAUUCAGAUCAUGUGGCAAAAAGGCAGCACUUUCCUUGCAAUAGUAACUCCUAGUUGUAGAUUUGCACCAUAGUCUCCCGAAAAGGUCUUUUAUUUUUUCAAAAAAUCCAUACAAUUUGCUUGCGGUUUACGACUUGAUUCUUGUAUACUGCAUCAUAGCAAGUAUGUCGUCAUUUUCAGGUCAGUGUGAACGCCUGAGCAGGCGUCUUGUUUUACAAUAUUUCGCAACCAAACUUUGCAAUUUUACUAAUUUGAACAUGCUCUUUCUAGCUGUGGUGAUGGAUUUUGUUCUUCUUGCCCAGAUCAAAAUUUAGUCUAUAUAGCUGGAAUCAUUUAUUGAUUGUGUUUCUUACUCGUAGGGAACCUGGUAAUGCUUGGGCGUUGCAGAAAGCAAAAGAAAAUUUACUAAACAAUUACUUAGUGGUAGGGGUGACUGAACGAUUGACAGAGUUUGUGGCGGUUAUGGAAGUUGUACUGCCGAGAUUUUUUAAAGGAGCGACCAAACGAUUUAUUUUAGGUAUGUAUAUGUAUAAUUCUAGACUAUCUAGACCUUUGCGUAACGUCACAUUCAUGAGUGUAGAGG